ACAGUCAGAUAUUGACGAUCAAGAUCGACAGGGAACUACAUGUAAUAAUACGUCAGCUGAGUAUACUGAGGGCAAGAAGAGAAGGAGGAUACGCAAAUGUGUUUUGUGUGGGAUGAAAAUCCCACACAUGACUCUUCACCUGACAAGAAAGCAUACCAAUUUGACCCUACAAGAGAGACAUGAAUACCGUGAAAUUAUGCUCAGAGAGACACCAGUUUUGAGAUCAAAGGGCAGCAAAAGAAGAAGGAAACUUUUAAAAUGCCCUCUCUGUCCUUCAAAUGUACAGAGGCUUGAUAAUCAUAUCAUGAACAUCCAUGGCAAGAAGCGUGGCUCAAAAAUAAUGAAGGCUCUGAUUGCAAAAGCAAGAGAAUUAGAGGCCCAGAGAGCUGCCACUAUUGAACAGGACAAGACAAUAGACGAGUCGGAAGAGGACAAGACAUUAGAUGAGACGGAAGAGGACAAGACAUUAGAUGAGACAGAUACAGACAGGACAAUAGACGAGACAGAAGAGCGCAGGACGCAAGCGGACAUGACAAAACAAUACAGCACCAGAAGUGAUGGAUUGGAAGAAUCUGAAGAAGACUGGAUGGAAGAGGAAAAAGGGAUAUCAAAUAAAAGCUACGGUGAAGAGCUCGUCAGGGCAUUUGUGAAACAUCUUAGAAUGAUUAGAAAGAGAGCGGGCUGCAGUGAAGAGAAAGCAGACUCUGCCCCGAGAGAAAAUGGAAAAAAAGUAAAAAGGAUGCUAAAGUGGGCCGGUGGAUUAGAUUUGGUUACCAAGAAGGAGGUUCUUCAUCAGAUAGUCUCAAAGCUUUGGAACAUGGCUCCAGAAACAGGCUUCAGGUAUCUUGCUUCAUUGAAACGGUUCAUCCGUUUCCUCAUAACAGAAGAGGAGGCGAGUGAAGUACUGACUUUCGAGAAAAUCACACGUUGCCUUUAUCGGUGCGAAGAUUUUAUGGAAAGUCUGUCUGAACGCAUCAUGAACAGUAGUUCAGCAGCAACAUCAAAGCCAACAUCAGAAUGAGGAGUUAGGUAGAAACUUCACACACACACAUCACGUAGGAAAGUGAGGUUACCCAGAGUGGAGAAGGCUUGGCAAAGGUCUGGGAUUAUGUUCUGAAUGGAUUAUGAUGGCACUACUAUGAAAAU